GUUUAUAAGCACCUCAGUCUCUGCUGUCACCUUCAGUAAGGGAGGCUCCUACAAAGAGACUCUGACCAAUCUCUACCCAGGAAGAAGCUGAGGACAGGAUGAUGGCCAGACCAUGCUGUGUGGUAGUGACCCUACUGCUGCUAGCAGAGGUCUCCAGGCUUGGAGAAGGAGCUUCUAAUCCUGGGUUUGUGGUCAGGAUCACCAGAAAAGGCCUCGAAUAUGCCCGCCAAUAUGGAAUAGCCACCCUGAAGAAGGAACUGUCCACCAUCAACGUGCCUGAUUUAUCAGGAAGCUUUGAAGUCGGUUGGAUGGGAAGUGUGAGUUAUGAGGUUAAGAGCCUGAGAAUCCAUAGCUUCCAAAUCGGAAACUCCGAUCUGAGCCUACUUCCAGGGAGGGGUGUCAGAGCCUCCCUGUCCAAUAACUACGUGCCUAUCAGCGGGAACUGGAAGGUGCAAAAGGCUUUCAUCACCCUACAGGGUACUUUUGAUCUCAGUGUGGAUGGUGUUUCCAUCUCGGUUUAUCUGAACUUGGGCGAGGACGGGUCUGGACGACCCACUGCCUCUGUGGCCCACUGCAGCAACUCCGUUGGCCACGUCAACAUUCACAUUUCUGGAAACCUAAGCUGGCUCCUGAACCUCUUCCAUAAAAGAAUUGAAAACAAGUUAAAAAAUAUCUUGAAACAAGAGAUCUGCGAAAUCGUCAGGACAUCGACAUCCUCACACCUGGAGCCCUAUCUCCGGACUCUGCCAGGUUAGGAGC